AUGGGUCUCACAUUCUCGCGUCUGUUCGACCGUCUCUGGGGAAAGAAGGAGAUGAGAAUUCUCAUGGUCGGUCUCGAUGCCGCCGGAAAGACCACCAUCCUCUACAAGCUGAAGCUCGGUGAAAUCGUCACCACCAUCCCCACAAUCGGUUUCAACGUCGAGACUGUCGAGUACAAGAACAUUCAGUUCACCGUCUGGGAUGUCGGCGGUCAAGACAAGAUCCGCCCUCUCUGGAGACAUUACUUCCAGAACACCCAGGGUAUCAUCUUCGUCGUCGACAGCAACGAUCGUGACCGUGUCGUCGAGGCUCGCGAGGAGCUGCAGCGCAUGCUCAACGAGGACGAGCUGAGAGAUGCUCUCCUCCUGGUCUUUGCCAACAAGCAGGAUCUUCCCAACGCCAUGAACGCCGCCGAGAUCACCGACAAGCUCGGUCUGCACAGCUUGAGACAGCGCGCCUGGUACAUCCAAUCCACCUGCGCCACUUCCGGUGACGGUCUUUACGAGGGUCUGGAAUGGUUGAGCAACUCGCUCCGCAAGGCUGGUCACCAGUAG